GUUGGUGGCAUAAAGCCGAACGGUUGCGUCGUUGAGUGUUAGCAAAUAGCUGAAGCUGAAGAGGUGCUCUAAAAAUUCCAUUCUCUUGCAAGUAUAUCUGCAAAACACAUUAAUGUACUCGGAUCUCUGAUAUAUAACUAUCUGAAAUGCUAUAACUGUAAAAAUUCCAACUGAUCCGGGCUAAUAAAUAACUUGUGCUAAACAUGAAAGUGCUCAAUGAAAUAAAUGUAGUGUGUCUACUAACUUGUAGCAUAUUUUUGGGUGUUACAGCACAAAAACACAUUCAGCACUCAGAUAAUCCAUCAACAUAUAAUAUUGGCGGUGUAUUGGCGGAUCCGGAUAGUGAAGCGUACUUCCGAAGAAUAAUAUCGCAUCUAAAUUUCGACCAGCAAUAUGUGCCGCGCAAGGUCACAUACUAUGAUAAGACGAUAAGAAUGGAUAAGAAUCCCAUUAAGACGGUGUUUAAUGUUUGCGAUAAGCUGAUUGAAAAGCGCGUCUACGCUGUUGUUGUGUCUCACGAGCAAACCUCUGGAGAUUUAUCGCCCGCUGCCGUCAGCUAUACCAGCGGCUUCUACCAAAUACCAGUUAUUGGCAUAUCCUCACGGGAUGCCGCCUUUUCCGAUAAAAAUAUUCACGUUUCCUUUUUGCGCACUGUACCACCGUAUUACCAUCAAGCGGACGUUUGGUUGGAAAUUAUGUUUCACUUCGGUUACACCAAGGUAAUCAUAAUACACAGCUCGGAUACAGAUGGACGCGCCAUACUCGGUCGCUUCCAGACAACUUCGCAGACAAAUUACGAUGACAUCGAUGUGCGGGCUACCGUUGAAAUGAUUGUCGAAUUCGAGCCGAAAUUGGAUAGCUUCACGGAGAAUUUGAUUGACAUGAAGACGGCACAAUCGCGCGUCUAUCUCUUAUAUGCCAGCACCGAGGAUGCACAAGUCAUUUUCCGUGAUGCUGCGCUCUACAAUAUGACCGAAGCCGGUCAUGCUUGGAUUGUCACCGAACAGGCGCUGCAUGCUAAUAAUACACCAGUGGGGGUUUUGGGCCUGGUAUUGGAGCAUGCAAACAGCGACAAAGGACACAUAAGGGAUAGCGUUUAUGUACUUGCGUCGGCAAUUAAGGAGAUGAUGUCCAAUGAAACGAUUACAGAGGCGCCAAAGGAUUGCGGUGAUUCGGGUGUUAAUUGGGAGUCCGGUAAGCGGCUGUUUCAAUACCUAAAGACGCGCAAUAUAACUGGCGACACGGGACAAGUGGCUUUUGACGAUAACGGCGAUCGUAUUUUCGCCGGUUAUGAUGUCAUCAAUAUACACGAGAAGCAAAAGAAGCAUGUUGUGGGCAAAUUCUAUUAUGAUGGUGAAAAGGCAAAAAUGCGCUUACGCAUAAAUGACAGCGAAAUCUUAUGGCCUGGCAAGCAGAAGAAGAAACCGGAAGGCAUAAUGAUACCAACACAUCUGAAGAUCCUCACAAUUGAAGAGAAACCCUUCGUUUACACACGCCGUUUGACCGAUGAUGAAGUCACUUGUGAUGAGGACGAGAUACCAUGUCCACUAUUUAAUGCCACCGAUGGCAGCGAGAACGAGAAUUGCUGUCGCGGCUAUUGCAUCGAUCUUUUGAACGCUCUAUCACACCGUAUUAAUUUCACCUUCGAUUUGGCACUAUCACCGGACGGUCUAUUCGGCCAUUACACCUUGAAGAAUGUGAGCUCGUCAAGUUCGGGCGCGAUAAAGUCGCGCAAAGAAUGGAACGGUCUGAUUGGGGAAUUGGUGAAUGAACGUGCCGACAUGGCGAUGCCACUCACCAUUAAUCCAGAGCGUGCCGAAUUUAUUGAGUUCUCAAAACCGUUCAAGUACCAAGGCAUCACAAUACUAGAAAAGAAACCAUCACGUUCAAGUACUCUGGUGUCAUUUCUGCAGCCAUUUAGCAACACGCUAUGGAUAUUGGUAAUGGUAUCAGUACAUGUAGUCGCGCUGGUCUUAUAUCUAUUGGAUAGAUUCUCGCCGUUUGGACGUUUCAAACUAACGCAUGCGGAAAGCAAUGAAGAGAAAGCACUGAACUUGAGCUCGGCAAUUUGGUUUGCGUGGGGUGUGCUACUGAAUAGCGGUAUUGGCGAGGGCACACCACGCAGUUUUUCAGCACGUGUACUCGGCAUGUUCUGGGCAGGCUUUGCAAUGAUCAUUGUCGCCUCGUACACUGCCAACCUGGCCGCUUUCCUCGUGUUGGAACGUCCCAAAACAAAACUAAGCGGUAUCAAUGAUGCGCGUCUGAGGAAUACAAUGGAGAACUUGACUUGCGCUACCGUCAAGGGAUCAUCGGUGGACAUGUAUUUCCGGCGCCAGGUGGAGUUAUCCAACAUGUACCGAACAAUGGAGGCAAAUAACUAUGAUACAGCAGAGCAGGCGAUACAGGAUGUCAAGAAGGGUAAGCUAAUGGCUUUCAUUUGGGAUUCUUCGCGCCUCGAAUAUGAAGCCUCAAAGGAUUGCGAAUUGGUCACUGCGGGUGAACUAUUCGGACGUAGUGGAUAUGGCAUUGGUCUGCAAAAGGGUUCGCCUUGGACGGAUGCUGUAACGCUCGCAAUUUUGGAGUUCCAUGAGAGCGGUUUUAUGGAAGCGCUUGAUAAACAUUGGAUAUUCCACGGUAAUGCUCAACAAUGUGAACUUUUCGAAAAGACCCCCAACACAUUGGGAUUACAAAAUAUGGCUGGUGUCUUCAUUUUGGUAGCGGCUGGAGUUGCCGGCGGUGUUGGUCUCAUUAUAGUCGAAGUGAUCUACAAAAAGCAUCAAGUGAAAAAACAGAAACGUUUGGACAUAGCGCGGCAUGCAGCAGAUAAAUGGCGCGGCACCAUAGAGAAACGCAAAACCCUACGCGCCUCACUGGCUAUGCAGCGACAAUACAAUGUCGGCUUGAAUGCCAAUCCGGGCACCAUUAGUUUGGCGGUGGAUAAACGACGUUACCCACGCAUGGGACCACGCGCACCCGAACAGGCCUGGAAGACUGAUGCUGAUAUUUUACGAAAUCGACGCUACUUGGUAGAGGCUACGAAAGGAGGCCACACACCUGUAGUGCACAUGCCGAUUUUGGGCAAAAUGCGUCCACCUACUAAUAUGUUGCCGCCACGCUACUCGCCGGCAUACACCAGUGAUGUCUCACAUUUGGUAGUCUAAAAAGAAAAUGCCCAAAAUAGAAAUAGAAUCUUUGACUUUUCGCAGUUUAAGCUCUUCAUAAGCUAUAAGGUUUGAUAGAUUCAAGAACAUUCCAUGACAAAAGCUGACAGGCCUUGUAAGAAAAGUUGAUGAACGAUUUUUAGGUAGAUCUGCUAUGUGGUUAUAGAAAAAUGUAUGGAAGUGCAUGCUAAUGCUACAAAUUUCAUCGCCCGGAAUGUAAUUCUAUAAUGAUCUAACAAUAUUUACUUUCUAAUAAUAUCUGUUUUGGAAAACCGCCUACUGAAAAUACAUUAGAUCCCUUUGGGUCUUCACCUCUACUCUCCGCUUGUUUAAGUUAUAUUAAAGAAAAUUCAUUGCAAAUUUUGAUCCCCAGAAUCUAAACGUUAAUUGGAAUUACAAGAUCCAAGGAAAUCAUUUGAGUCACUUUUGAUGACUACAGAAUUUACUUAAGGACUUUUCCUUAAUCAGUCGUCUAUGCGAGACUGACUGGAUCAGCCAGUUUAACUUAACCCAACCUUUCCUAAAUCACAUUUUCUGGAAAAAAUCUGAAAACAUAUUCAUGUAAGUAACUUUUUCUGCUUUAAGUUUAACGAAAGCUGUCACAAGAAAUGUAUUGCCGAGUUACGAGAACGGCUUAUCAUGUCUUUUGAAAUCUGACACAUACAUAAAGGAUUGAAAAAAGAGCGCAAAAAAUGCGUAAAUUUUUAUGAAAUCGAACGUUAAAUAAUUGGUAUCUGUCAUACCAAAGAAAGGGGUAUCUAAGGGCCCAUGUUGAAUAGUAAAUGAAGAGUAUAUUUUUCGAAAUUCAUUUCAUUUUCAUUUCACUACUUUUUUAAUUGUAUGAUUGUGUUAGUUUUUGCUCACUGAAUACGUUGUAGCAAUUUUGUGAUAUUUGUAGGAUAUGUUUUAAGCAUCUUUGCUGAAUUAUUUACUUGUCUCGAAAAAUUCUAACCGCGUUCAAACUAAAAUGGAAAUUACAACAACAGUCUUUCCACGAUAAAUGAUAUGUGUGACAGAAAAAACACUGCCACAAAAAGUGUAAAGAAGGGUAGGAUUUUAUCGAUGAUAAAAUUUGUGAAAAUGAGAACUCACCAAUUCACUUUCACCUGAUUUUUUUUUUUUGAAUUCACAUUGUGGCAUCGAAAUGUGGAAAUGGUAGUACGGCCGAUAAAUUCCCAGACGAAAGAGUCAUAUUUUUUGCUUUUCAAACAUCUGUCAGGCGAAAUGUGAACAUGAUUUUCGUCGAUUUAUGAAAUAAAUAUCAAAAUGUGAUUUUUCUCGCUUUAAAAUGAAAA